AAGUUCAUCAACCCUUCAAACCUCAAACUUUUGUUCCCUUCUUUCUCUCUCUCUCUCUCUCUCUCUCAAACGAUGAAGAAGCUCUACCGUAAAGGAACCGUCCACCCCUCCCCCUCUUCUUCUCCGCCGCCGCCAACCAUCUCCGACCACCUCUCCUUCCUCCCCGCCGCCAUCCUCACUCUCACUCUCUCCCUCUCACCGGAGGACCGGGAAGUUCUCGCUUACCUUCUCUCAUGCUCCUCCUCCUCCUCCAACAACAACAACAACCACUUCUCCAACAACCACCACCGCCGCAAGAACCCUAAGGUGGUCGUCGACGGCGAUCAUCCCCCCCUCUUUAACUGCUCCUGCUUCCGCUGCUACAUGAGCUACUGGGUGCGCUGGAACUCCUCUCCUAACCACCAACUCAUCCACGAAAUCAUCGACGCCUUCGAAGACUCUCUCACCCACACCGCGAAACUCUCCAGAAAGGAUAAGAGAAACAAGAGGGGCUCCAAGACCAAGCCUCCCGAGUUGACUCGCUCCGAGUUUCACUCUUCGCCGGCCGAACCGCUCCCCGAGGGGAGCAGUGGUAGCGGCGGCGGAGAGGUUGAGGUUGGUGAAGGCGGUGACGGUGGUGACGGGGAGGAGAAAGGGUCCGUUAGAAGGUUCGUUAGUUUCAUCGGAGAAAGGAUUUGGGGUGCCUGGGGUCCCUGAAUGAGUUUUGAAGAGAAAAGGUGGGUUUAAUCUUUACCCUUUCUUUCUCUCUUUUGUUUUUUAUUUAUUUCUAAACUCUUUUUUUUUUCUUUUUGUACAUUAAUCACUUAUCUUGAAUGUAUAAAAAGAAAUGGCAGUCUCUGUUUCUGGUUUCCAUUAGUUUUGUUACAGUUUGAAUGAAAGCAUAAGCAUAGCCAUUAUUUAUCU